GAUAUUGAAAAGAUACAAAAUUCAAUAUGCAAUCAAUAAAAACACACACACACACACACUACAUUGCCUCCCAGUGGGAAUAUUAUCACAGAUGUAUUUUCUUCUUCUCUGGGUAUAGGAGCUGGACCAUGACAAUGCGCGCCGUGUGUGUCUGACGUAGGCUGGCGGAGGAGAAAAACACAGACACCCCUCCACCACUGAAGCAAAGGGGGGGAGAAAGAAAUGUUAUAUAUACGCGUGUGUUUGUAACGGGUGGUUGUUUUCAGCAGAGAUGCGCGGAGUAACGUGGACCGAGGAUGCACAAUAGAGCACCGUGUUUAAUUGCGGAUUAAAGCAGGGGGGAGGAGGCGAGAGAAGAGGAAAAGGAGGGGGGAGAGCACAACAAGGAAGGCAAGGAGACGCUUCUUUAUUAUUAGGAGAAAAGAGGGGGGGAGACACACAGACAGCGUGAGCCCGGAGACGGUACAGACCGUGGCGGGGGAGAGGAGGACACCGACAGCCAGCAGCGUCGCUCGGAUGGUGUUGUUGCUCCGGACGUGGCGACGAUGCGGCCACACUGCUGGGUGAUGGUGGCGCUGGCGGGGACCAUGUCGUAUCUUAGCCCGGAGAGAGCCCUCGGAGCCCCGCAGAGGGAAGUUUCUCAGACCAGGGCUGCCUCCCUCUCUCCUCCUCCCUACGUCGUCAUCCUCAUCUCUUGCUCGGGGCUCGUCUCUUUUGUCCUGCUGCUCCUGACCUGCCUGUGCUGUAAGAGAGGAGGAGUGGGGUUCAAUGAGUUUGACAAUGCAGACGGAGAGGAGAUCUCUGGAGGCUCCAGUCCCAUCCAGGAGGACAGCCUGUCGUCAUGUCCCUCCCUCCCUGAGGUCUACACCUUGCCGGUCAGAGACAGGCCCACCUGCCCCGCCCUGCAGGAUGGAGCAGACUCCAAGUCGCAGUGCUUCAAAAGACACGCUUUAAACUAUCUUCAGGAGAUAGGAAAUGGCUGGUUCGGAAAGGUGAUCCUGGCCGAGGUGCUGUGUGACUGCAGCUCCUCUCAGGCCGUGGUGAAGGAGCUGCGUGUCAGUGCCAGCCCUCUGGAGCAGAGGAAGUUCUUGGCAGAGUCCGAGCCGUACAGGAGCCUAAAACAUCCGAACGUCCUUCAGUGUUUGGGGAAGUGCAGUGAGAGCAUCCCCUUCCUCCUGGUUAUGGAGUUCUGUCAACUGGGCGACCUGAAGAGGUACCUGAGGGCCCAGCGCAAGUCAGAUGGGAUGACUCCUGACCUGCCGACUCGGGACCUCUUGACUCUUCAGAGAAUGGCUUUUGAGAUCACCUCCGGUCUGCUGCAUCUCCAUGAAAACAAUUACAUCCACAGCGACCUGGCUUUAAGAAACUGCCUGCUGAACUCUGACCUCACUGUCAGGAUAGGUGACUACGGCCUUUCACACAACCAUUACAAGGAGGACUAUUACCUAACUCCUGACAAGUUAUGGAUCCCGCUGCGCUGGAUUUCUCCUGAGCUGCUGGAGGAGUACAGAGGAUCUCUCAUCGUUACUGACCAAACCAAGGCCAGCAAUAUGUGGUCCUUGGGGGUGGUUAUAUGGGAGUUGUUUGAGUUUGGCUCUCAGCCCCACAGACACCUGAGUGACGAAGAGGUGCUGACCUUCGUCAUUAGGGAGAGACAGAUCACCCUGGCUCAGCCCAGACUCAAACUCUCCCAUGCCGACUACUGGUAUGAGAUCAUGCAGUCCUGCUGGCUACCUCCAUCCCAACGCCCUUCUAUAGCAGAGAUCUUCCUCCUCCUCUCCUCCCUCCUGGCAGCAGAGCGAGGAAUAGCAAGGGAUAGUGUUGGGGAAGAAGAUGAAGAGGAUGAGGAGUAUGAGGAGGGCAGUAGAAGGCGAGGGGAGAGCGAUGAGUCGUUUGAAAGACGCUGGGACUUACUCCGACCACCGGCUUUCCAGAUUGCAGCAAACGAGCGGCAACGGGAGAGAGAGUACGGCAGGGAGGACAGAGACAACUCCUACCCCCUGCUGGACCCUGUGGGGAACUGUAUCAACGCGUCCUCGAUUGAACUGGACGACAUCCUGACAGUCACCGAAACCAGCAAAGGCUUGAACUUUGAGUAUUUCUGGGAGAAGGCUCAUGCCAGACGCGGCUACAAACCUCUCCCUCCUCCCCAGCCAAUCCCAAGUGUGAACAAUAACCACAGGCAGUCUCUGGACACUCCCACCGUCGUCCCGGUGAUAAGCGCCCGCAGCCCCUCCCUCGCCAGCGAGUACUACAUCAGAUUAGAGGAGCACACUCCCCAGGACAAGUCGCCAACUCUUAAAGGAAAGUCUUUCCGCUCUGACUCGAUCUGCCUCGGAGACAUGGAGUUGAUGGAGAUCCGCAGUGGAAUGCUGGGAAAAGAGCGAAUCCCUUAUUUCUCGUCUGACAAGUGUGGGAAGGGUAUCCAGACGGUGAGAUCGAGCGAGGUUCAUCUCCAUGUGCCCAACACAGGGGUGGCUGAGUUCAGAGACACUUCGAGCAGAGUGACUGACUUCUCAGUAGUCGAUUUAGGAGACGAUGAUGAUGAGGAGGAGGACUAGGAGAAGGAGUAGUGAUCCGGAUAAAGUAGCCCCGGUCCUUCCUCCCAAGCCUCGCUCUAUGUCCAUGUCG